CCGGACUCUUGACUCACACUCAACUCACCUUAACACGGAAACAAGACAUAUGCUUCAUUACAUUUAAUUUGAAAUCCAUCAUAAUGAAAGCUACUUUAUUCAGCCAAAUUCUUUCCCUCUUCUAAAAUUAUCGUUCCUCACCACACGCCCACACUAAUUAAAGUCUCCUUUUUAACUUUCCAAAAGCACUUUUUCUUUUUAAUUAUGGCUGACUUUGGGGUUUGGCUGAAGAAUGAAUGGGUUCUUAUUGUUGAAUUUUGAAUUGUUGAUUGUUGAUGGAUUCUCUGGAGGGAGUUGGGAAGACGACUACCGCGUCAUCGUUUAAGAGCUGGGCUCUGCAGACUGAAGAGAGUUAUCAGUUGCAGUUGGCUCUGGCUCUUCGGCUCUCCUCUCAAGCUGCUUCUGCUGUUGAUCCUAAUUUCUUAGUUUUUGAUUCCGCUGAAAAUGCAACUGAUUCUGUUGAGACUCUCUCUCAUCGCUUCUGGGUGAAUGGUUGUCUGUCAUAUUUUGACAGAAUACCGGAUGGUUUUUACCUGAUACAUGGGAUGGAUCCAUAUGCAUGGACCAUUAGUACUGAUCAACACGACAUUGGUCUUAUCCCAUCUUAUGAAUCGUUGAAUGCUGUUCGUCCUGGUAACGAUUUGUCAAUAAAAGUGGUUUUGAUCGAUAAAUCUAGGGAUACCGGUUUGAGGGACAUACAUAACAGAGUGCUGUCUGCUUCGUGUAACUGGAUCACUGCUGAAGAUGUUGUUCAUCACCUUGCAAAUCUUGUUUGUAAUCAGCUGGGGGGUGCAGCGUCUAAUGAAGAAGAAAUUGGGAAACAGUGGAAAGAGCGUGCUGAAACUCUGGAAGACUGCCUAAGCUCAGUAAUACUUCCUAUUGGAAGCUUAUCGGUUGGCCUCUGUGUCCAUCGUGCACUGUUAUUUAAAGUGUUAGCUGACUUAGUUAACUUACCUUGCCGAAUUGCUACGGGCUGCAAAUAUUGUCGGAGGGAUCAUGCUUCCUCCUGCCUUGUAAAAAUUGGUUGUGACAGGGAGUAUUUGGUUGAUUUGUUUGGGGAGCCUGGAGUCUUAAGUCAGCCUGAUUCCUCUCUCAACGGUUCUGCUUCUGUCUUAGUUUCUUCACCCUUAUGUCAUCCAAGGUUUAAAGCCGUAAAGACCGCCGGGAACUUCAGGACAUUAGCCAAACUGUAUUUCUCUGACAACCAAUCACUUGACAUUGCACAGGAUGAUUUUUUGUCAGGUGCUGCUAGUGGUCAAGAUGAUAAAACUCAUCCAUGGUUUGCUAAAACAUUUGACUUGAAAUUUUAUGACAAGAAUCAUGUUGUUUCUGCUUCAAGCAAGAAUCUUGUAUCUUCAGUGUCACCGCUGUUCCACGGAGCUGCUUGCAAUGUUACCCCUAAUAGAGAUAUGCAGGUACUAAACUUAUUUAAUUCGAAUGCCAUUAAGUCAUCACACUUUGAGAGAGGUCCUGCUCCGCCAAGUUUGGAAGCAACUCAGUCAGUCUUGUCUACAUCAAAUAGUGAACUUUAUCUUGAGGAAGGCUUGGACAUCCCAUGGAGUGAACUUGUUUUAAAGAAGAAAAUUGGGAAAGGUUCUUAUGGAACUGUCCAUCUUGCUGAAUGGCGUAAUUUUGAUGUUGCUGUCAAAAUUCUUGUGGAGCAAGAAUUCCAUGCAGAUCGUUUUGAGGAAUUUUUAAGGGAGGUUGCUAUCAUGAAACGAUUACGACAUCCUAAUAUUGUUCUCUUUAUGGGUGCUGUUACCCAGCCCCCAAACUUGUCAAUAGUUACAGAAUAUUUAUCAAGAGGCAGCUUGUUUAAUCUAUUGCAGAUGCCCGAAGUGUUGGAUAUGAAGCUUCGCUUAAAUAUGGCUUAUGAUGUGGCAAAGGGGAUGAAUUAUCUUCAUCAGUGUAGGCCUCCUAUUGUACAUCGAGAUUUAAAGUCUCCAAAUCUUUUGGUUGACAGUAAUUACACUGUUAAGGUCUGUGAUUUUGGUCUUUCUCGUUCAAAGGCAAACACUUAUCUCUCAUCAAAGACUGCUGUAGGGACUCCGGAGUGGAUGGCACCAGAAGUUCUCCGUGAGGAGAGAUCAAAUGAAAAAUCAGAUGUCUUCAGCUUUGGCGUGAUCUUGUGGGAACUUGUAACUCUUCAGCAACCUUGGAAGAACUUAACUCCUAUGCAGGUUAUUGGAGCUGUUGCCUUCAGGGGUCAAAGGCUUGAGAUUCCAGACAGCGUGCAUCGUGCACUGGCUACCUUGAUUGAGAGUUGCUGGGCAGAUGACCCCACCAGCCGUCCUUCUUUCUUGCGUGUUAUAGAAAUUUUGCAGCAAUUGCUCAUGAGUUCCCUUUUUUAGCCCAGUUGGCCCAAACGUAUUGACUAAUUGCUAAAUCCCAUAUGAAUAAUUGUUCAUGUGGUAUUAAGGCUCUCUUCUCUAAUUAUACAGCUUAAUAUCAAUGCACGAUGCAGAGAGCUCAGUGGUCUCACGUACCAUUGUUAGAGCAUCCAUCAGUCUCAGUCAUACAUCUUCAAUCCAACUUGCCUGAACUGUAAAUCAUCAUAAACUGAGAGAUGGUGUAAAGUUGGGUCAUUUUGUUUCUGGGUUUGUGUCAUUGCGAAUGCUUCAGUCCUGCCUGUGGGAUGGCAUUGUAUUUAACUGCAAAGUCUACCUGUUCUAAGGUGCAAGAGGAUUCAUUGUGACACAUUUGGUGAGGCUUGCUAAACAUGGUAAAAUAAGAAAGUUUUUGCA